AUGCGAGAUCCAACUAUUCUAAACCGAGAGCACAUUCAAGCCGAAGAAGUGCCCCUACCAGUGCCUCCACCAGCUACAUAUCUGUACGGCCUCCCAUUGUUCGCAGUCAUCAUGGCCUUGUCUCUCGCAGUCUUCCUUGUCGCCAUGGAUGUCAAUGUCAUCGCCACUGCUGUUCCUCAUAUCACUGGAGAGUUUCGCAGUCUCGACGAUGUCGGUUGGUAUGGUUCCGCGUUCUUGAUGACAACCUGCGCAUUCCAAGUCUUGUUCGGCCGAAUCUAUACCAUCUUCCCCGCGAAGUGGACCUUCCUGGUUGCGAUUAUGAUCUUCAUGGGCGGCUCGCUCCUUGCCGGCCUGGCCCCAAGCUCUAUGGCGUUCAUCAUUGGCCGAGCCAUACAAGGCAUGGGUACUAGUGGUAUCCUUUCUGGAGGGUUGAUCAUCAUUUCUCAAGUUGUUCCUCUGCAGAUGCGAUCCAUCCUCGGCGGUGUGAUCGGUGCCAUGGAAGGUGUAGCCAUGAUAUCCGCCCCGAUAAUUGGCGGUGCUCUGACCGAUAAGCUGAGCUGGAGAUGGUGUUUCUACAUCAACUUGCCCAUCGGCGGCUUUGUUUUGGUUGCUGUGCUGGUCUUCUUGCGUAUCCCCGAAGAAAUGCGUCCCCAGAGGGCCGUCAAUAGAUCAUGGGUCGAGACCGCACGUGAGCUCGACCUCAUCGGGGCAGCGCUCCUCGUUCCGCCGAUCGUUUGUUUCCUGUUGGCUCUCCAAUAUGGAGGAACAAAAUAUGCAUGGGAUAGCAUUGGUAUCAUCCUGCUCUUCGUCUUGGGUUUCGUAUUAUUCCUUGUUUUUGCUUACUCACAGCAUGUUAACGCCGAUGUCGCGAUGAUACCAUUCCGCAUCAUCAAGCAGCGUUCGGUCAUCGCGGGUUUCUGGUACAUUUUAUGUGUCAGCUCUGCGUUAGUGGUCAUGACCUACUUUCUCCCGCUUUGGUUUCAAACAGUGCAAGGUGCGACACCUACGCAGUCUGGUCUACGCUUGUUGCCAAUGCUCAUUGGCGUCAUCGUGGCUGUUCUUGCGAGUGGUGCCCUUGUGUCGGGUCUAGGCUAUUAUACACCGUUCAUGAUCGCAGGUACUGUUCUCAUGUCGGUUGGCGUUGGCAUGCUGUCGACACUUCUACCCGACACAUCUAAUGCACUACUCAUCGUGUUUCCAGCCAUCUUUGGAGCAGGCGUCGGCAUUGGAUUCCAGCAGCCUCUCAUUGGCGUGCAAACAGUAUUGCCCAAGGAGGAUAUACCAGUCGGAACUUCAAUCGUGGUUUUUGGACAAACGAUUGGCGCCGCCAUAGUCUUGUCUGCUGGCGAGUCUGUCUUUCAGAACCAGCUCAAGCAGAACAUCGAGAAGUAUCUUGGGAUCGUCGUGGAGGACGCGCACAGUCUCAUGACGGAAGGCACAACGGCACUGGCCGCGACGCUCACGCCAGAACAAAAGCCUCUCCUAAUCCUAGCUGCUAGCAAAUCACUGACACAGACCUUCUAUGUCGCUCUGGCCAUGGCCGGUCUGUCCAUCAUUGGCUCCCUCGCCAUGGAGUGGAAAUCGGUCAAGAAGGCUGCUGAGGCUGAAGCUGCAGCGAAUGCAGAGGCUGUAGCAAAUGCAACAAACGCAGCGACUAUGGAAAAGACGGUCUAA